UUCAGCGGCCAAAAACCUUAAUUAAUUCUUCGCUUUCUCGAUUUCACAUCUCGCUCUCUAGUGGUCUCACGCGAAUUAAACACAAUUCAUAUUUCAGGAAGUUCAAAACUCUCCGUUUUUUUUCCCAUUAAGGCUGGUCCAAUAAUGGAUUCCGAAAUGCAAAAUGGUGUGAAACAGAAACAACCAGCGCAGAGGAUACAAAUAUACCCACCCACUACCGCUGGAGUUUCUCCCUUUUGGAUAGCUAAGUAUGAAAGAGAUGCUAAGAAGUAUUGGGAUCAGUUCUACAGGCGGCAUCAAGAUAAAUUUUUUAAAGAUCGGCACUACCUGUACAAGGAAUGGGAUCAAUACUUCUCUGGAAGCGGAAGAAAAGUUAUUUUGGAGGUUGGCUGUGGUGCUGGAAAUGCUGUAUUACCUUUAAUUGCUACAUACCCAGAGGCUUUUGUUUAUGCAUGUGACUUUUCACAACACGCAGUUAAUUUGGUUAAGGCACAUAAAGACUUCAAUGAGACUCGUGUAAGUGCUUUCGUCUGUGACCUGACCACUGACGACCUUAGCGAACAUAUUUCUCCUGCCUCUGUCGAUGUUGUAACCAUGAUUUUUGUGUUAUCUGCAGUAUCACCAGAGAAGAUGCCUUUAGUCUUGCAGAAUGUCAAAAAAGUUCUCAAGCCAAAUGGUCAGGUGCUGUUCCGAGACUAUGUUGUUGGUGACCUUGCUCAGGAAAGGUUCUCUACCAAGGAUCAACAGAUCAGUGAAAAGUUCUAUGUCAGGGGUGAUGGCACUCGUGCUUACUAUUUUUCUAAUGAAUUCUUGACAAGUUUAUUUAAAGAACAAGGACUUGAUGCUGAAGAGCUUGGUUUGUGUUGCAAACAAGUUGAGAAUCGAGCUCGUGAAUUAGUUAUGAAUCGGCGUUGGUUCCAAGCUGUAUUUCGCUUUUCAGAUAGUGUAAACUAUAACCCUGCUUCAGAGGCUCCAACUAAGUCUGACCUAUGUUGUCAAGGGAACAGCCAACCAAAGGCUGAUGCAGAGCCCAUUAGUGAUUUUGUAGUUGACAUGUCUGAAGGUAUGGCGGUCGAAAUGUUUGGAGUUCCAACUAAUAAUGAUAACGAGGUUAUUAAGAUUGAGCUCGGUGGAUGUGAUUUCAAGAUCAACGUACUAUCCAAAGAGAACCAACACACCUGCAAAUCAACUGGCUUGAUGUUGUGGGAAUCGGCUCGUUUGAUGGCUGGCAUCCUCGCUAGAAAUCCAAGUAUUGUUGCAGGGAAAAGGGUUUUGGAAUUGGGGUCUGGCUGUGGAGGCAUCUGUUCGAUGGUUGCAUCUGGGUCGGCAAGCAUUGGGGUCGCCUCUGAUGGAGACAGGAAAGCACUCGAUCUGUUGAACCAAAAUAUCACAUCAAACCUUAGACCACCAUUUGUGAAUAAACUUGUUAUAAAGAAACUCGAAUGGGGAGACAGAGAUGAUAUCAAUGCCAUCAAAGCCAUGGAUAAUGAAGGCUUUGAACUCAUCAUCGGAGCAGAUGUCACUUACAUUCCUGAAGCUAUUUUACCUUUGUUUUCAACAGCAAGAGAGUUGAUUUCGUCCAACAGAAGUGCCGAGGAAGGCCAAGCACCUGCACUUAUCCUCUGUCAUAUCUUUCGACGAGUCGAUGAACCAUCUUUACUUUCAGCCGCAUCUCGGUAUGGUUUUAGAUUGGUAGAUAAAUGGGUGAAAGGAAGUCCAACCGAUAAGUCUCGUAGCUUGAUCAGCUCUUGGUUUCCAGAGAACAGUUUCGAGGACCAUAUCCCAACUUCAGCAUUAAAUAUCAUGUAUUUCCAGAUAGAUUGAAUUAUAUUAGCACUGAAUUCAUUUUUGCAGAUGUAGUAAAAUUGUACCCUUUCCCCUCCUUGUUACAAUAAAAAAGGGUUUAGUUUUAUCUACU